AUGUUGUACAACAUGCUGUUCUCCAGUCCACUAAUACGAGGUACGUUGGAUCCCGACAUCAAAUGGUCCUUCGAGCCGGAUUCGAAGACCCUCCGGAAGGACACGAUUGGAACCACGCCGUAUUUGAAGAGCCAGGACAAUAGCCAUUGUCGAGUUGCCGGUACAAAGGAACCCCAAUUCAAUUCGACGAACAAUUGGAAGAACUACGCAACGAUUGCUCGGAUUGGCGAGUCGAGGAACAUAGCAUUACGGCGGUUGCUCGCUACGGAACGUAGACUCGCAAGGGAUACCAGCCUAGCCAAACAAUAUUCCAGUUUUAUGGAGGAAUACCUUUUGUUGGGUCAUAUGGAGAAGGUUACAAACGAAGAUUCUACAAGCCGGUGUUAUCUUCCCCACCAUCCUGUCGUAAAGGAGGCGAGCACAACGACAAAGGUCCGGAUGGUAUUUGAUGCCUCUUGCAAGACGUCCACCGGGAUUUCUCUCAACGAUUGUUUGCUGUGUGGCCCUACUACUCAAGAGGAUCUUCGUUCGAUAAUCCUGCGGUGUCGCACGAAGCAAAUAAUGAUGGUGGCUGACGUCGAAAAGAUGUUUCGGCAAAUUCUCCUACGCCAAGAGGAUCGACCUUUACAAUGCAUCUUGUGGCGGUCGUCAUCAACAGAGGAUGUUAGUGCCUACGAACUAUGUACUGUUACAUAUGGGACCAAAUCAGCGCCGUUCUUGGCAACCAGGACACUAAAUCAAUUGGCUUUAGAUGAAGAACAUCGCUUCCCACUAGCAGCGAAGGCAAUCCACGAGGACACUUACGUCGAUGAUGUCUUGACAGGAGCAAAUAACAUCGAGGAGGCGAGGGAUCUGCGUCAUCAACUAGAAAAGCUGACUGAAAGCGGAGGAAUGAGAUUGCGGAAAUGGGCUUCUAACUGUUCCGAAGUAUUAGAGGGUGUCUCUGAAGACAAUUUGGCGAUUCAGACAGACAGCAUUAGCCUAGACCUGGAUCCGUUGGUCAAAACAUUAGGACUUUCUUGGAUGCCAAAUUCAGACGUCUUCAGAUUCGAGUUCAACUUUCCUGUUAUAGAGGCGAUUGCAGAACUCACCAAAAGACAGAUUCUAUCAGCUAUCGCUAUGUUGUUCGAUCCAUUGGGAUUAAUAGGAGCAGUUAUCACCACAGCCAAGGUCAUAAUGCAACGAUUGUGGACGCUACUAGAUGGAGAUGGUUGUCCAUCUCGGCUGGGACCAACCGGUGCCGUCAACGGUGGGUGA